AAAUCCCCACCGUUGGAUGAACCCUACAAAACCUCUGCUUUCCCUCACGGCCGGGAGAGAAAACCUAAUAAGUUCUCACUUCUCUCUAGUCUCCACGCACACAUCAGAAAGAUGGGUGAAGAGGCAGUCAAGACAGUGAUUCCAGAGUCAGUGUUGAAGAAGAGGAAGAGAGAGGAAGAGUGGGCAUUGGCAAAGAAGCAAGAUCUCGAGGCUACGAAAAAAAAGAACGCCGAAAAUCGGAAGUUGAUUUUCAAUAGGGCCAAGCUGUACUCAAAGGAGUAUGAACAGCAAGAGAAGGAGCUGAUUAGGUUGAAGCGUGAGGCAAAGUUGAAAGGUGGGUUUUAUGUUGACCCAGAGGCAAAGCUCCUGUUUAUCAUUCGCAUUCGUGGUAUCAAUGCCAUGCACCCAAAGACUAGAAAGAUCUUGCAGCUCUUGCGUUUGAGACAGAUCUUCAAUGGUGUAUUUUUGAAAGUGAACAAGGCCACAGUGAAUAUGCUCCAGAGGGUUGAGCCUUAUGUGACUUAUGGAUAUCCCAACUUGAAGAGUGUGAGGGAACUUAUCUAUAAGAGAGGAUAUGGAAAGUUGAACCAGCAGAGAACUGCUUUGACUGAUAACGCCAUCGUUGAACAGGCUCUGGGUAAGUACGGCAUUAUCUGCACGGAAGAUCUCAUCCAUGAGAUAAUGACAGUUGGACCUCACUUCAAGCAGGCAAACAACUUCCUGUGGCCAUUUAAACUGAAGGCACCCCUGGGUGGCCUAAAGAAGAAGAGAAACCACUAUGUUGAGGGAGGCGAUGCCGGAAAUCGAGAGAAUUUCAUCAAUGAGCUAAUCAGGAGAAUGAAUUAGACAACUGCACUUUUUUGUUAGUUGGAGGAGUGAGGUUUUUAUUUUUUUGUUACUGGCUUCUGGAAGUAAUCUGAACACCAAUUUUUCUGAAGUCCUGUCUGAAUUUAGAGACAAUUUUAUAUUAUUUGUUAAAGAUCAGAACUAGUUAAUGGUGUCUACCGUUGUUUUUACUAGUUGAUAUCCCGCCCGGAUGCAUGGUGCAUUUUGAUAAAUUUUGUAAGAAAUUAUUUGAUCCAUUGAUUUCAUGAAUACUAUUAUCCGUUUGUUUU